UGGUCUUCCGACGAUCAUGAAAGUCAUAAUUCAAGUCGCUUUUUCUUGGUGCAGCAUUGAACAAGAAAUAAAGGCCACAUUAUUCGACUAUCAUUCUCUAGCCAAUAGCUUGAGUCAAGAGCAAAUGUUUUUUGAUAACGGACAUUUGAUUGCCUGA